CAGGUUCAACGUUUGGGGAUAGCUCACCAGCUUCAGGAUGUGCGGCAUCUGGGCCCUGUUCGGGAGCGACGAGUGCCUCUCGGUGCAGUGCCUGAGCGCCAUGAAGAUCGCGCACCGGGGGCCCGACGCCUUCCGCUUCGAGAACGUCAACGGCUUCACCAACUGCUGCUUCGGCUUCCACCGCCUGGCCGUCGUCGACCAGCUCUACGGCAUGCAGCCCAUCCGCAUCAAGAAGUUUCCCUAUCUCUGGCUCUGCUACAAUGGGGAAAUCUACAACUUCAAACAGCUGCAGAAGCAAUUUGGAUUUGAAUAUCAGACAUUAGUGGAUGGUGAGGUUAUCCUUCAUCUUUACAACAGAGGAGGAAUAGAGCAAACAGCUUGCAUGCUGGACGGUGUGUUUGCUUUCAUCCUUCUGGACACAGCAAACCGAAAAGUUUAUCUGGCAAGAGAUACAUACGGGGUCAGACCACUCUUCAAGGUGCUGACUGAUGAUGGAUUUUUGGGUGUCUGUUCUGAGGCAAAAGGACUUACCAACUUAAAGCAUUCAACAUCCUUCUUUCCUAAAGUGGAACCGUUUCUUCCGGGUCAUUAUGAAGUGCUGGAUCUGAAGCCCUCUGGCAAGGUUGCGUCAGUAGAACUAGUAAAAUUUCAUAGUUAUAAAGAUGAACCACUCCAUGCAGCUUAUGAUACAGUGGAAAAUCUUCCUUCAGGUUUUGAUCUUGAGACAGUGAAAAGCAACAUCCGUAUUCUGUUUGAAAAUGCUGUUAGGAAGCGCCUGAUGGCUCACAGGAGGAUUGGCUGCCUUUUGUCAGGGGGCUUGGAUUCCAGCUUGGUUGCAGCUGUUCUUCUGAAACUGAUGAAAGAAAUGAACGUCAGUUACCCAUUGCAGACCUUCUCAAUUGGAAUGGAAAACAGCCCUGACGUACUGGCUGCCAGAAAGGUGGCAACUCAUAUAGGCAGUGAGCAUCAUGAAGUCAUAUUUAAUUCUGAAGAAGGAAUUCAGGCGAUAGAGGACGUUAUCUUCUCCUUGGAAACAUAUGAUAUAACAACAAUAAGAGCUUCAGUUGGUAUGUACCUGGUCUCCAAAUAUAUACGCAAGAAGACGGAUAGUGUGGUCAUUUUUUCAGGGGAAGGCUCAGAUGAGCUGACACAAGGAUAUAUCUAUUUCCAUAAGGCACCCUGUCCUGAAGACGCUGCGGAGGAAAGCGAGAGGCUGCUGAAGGAGCUCUACCUAUUUGAUGUGCUGCGUGCAGACAGGACUACUGCAGCCCAUGGUCUUGAGCUGAGAGUCCCAUUCUUGGAUCACCGGUUUACUUCCUACUAUUUGUCUCUACCAGCAGAAAUGCGAAUCCCAAAGAACGGAAUUGAAAAAUAUCUUUUAAGACAGUCCUUUGAGGAUUCCAACUUGCUUCCCAAAGAAAUACUGUGGAGACCCAAAGAAGCUUUCAGUGACGGCAUAACAUCUGUAAAGAAAUCCUGGUUUUCUAUUCUUCAGGACUAUAUCGAUCAGCAGGUUGACGACCUCUCAUUGGAAAAGGCAGCGGAGAAAUACCCUUUCAAUCCUCCUAAAACCAAAGAAAGUUAUUACUACCGCCAGAUCUUUGAGAAGCAUUACCCAGGGCAAAGCAGCUGGCUGCCCCACUACUGGAUGCCCAGGUGGAUUAAAGCUACCGACCCUUCCGCCCGCACCCUGAAGCAUUACAAGGCRGCUGCCCAGGAAUAGGCCCUUGAAAGAAUUCCCCAAAGGGAAGUGCUGCGAGCAGCUUGAAUGCACUCUGCUUUGAAAGAAACAUUAGAUUCUGCAAACCUAAAGCUUUAAAUGGUAUUUAAGAUGUGUUUUGACAAUGCUUUUGGAAAUAAGAGCUCUCUAUGGCUAGUAUACUACUGCAAAAAACGCCCUGCUGUCCCAAAAUAUUUGGGAAGUACUUCGGAAAAUUCUCUAUGGGCAAGGAACUUCAUGACCUUGAUUGUAUUCACUUAUCCUGUGGUCAUUUAAUAUAUUUUAUUGUGAGCUCAGUUUUGAGAACUUGAAUAAGGUUAAGUGAUACAAACUGCUGUGGGCCCUCUCUGCAAAAGGAAAUUGUGCCCUGUCUACUUAGUGCAAUUGUGUACCUGGCUUUGGGAUUCAGAGAGUCUGUCUCUAUUAUUCUUUUCCGAGUGUCUUUCUAAUAAUUCGUAUGAACCUUGACCUCUUUUUCAGAAAGUAUUUAGAUGUGUGUGUAUAUAAAAUUAUGCAGAGGUGCUUACUAGAGGUUAUAGUAGUGUUGGUGGUGCAAGGUGGUACCUAUUUAAAGGUGGUACUUAAUUUAAUAAUGAGAAUCCUAUUAAUUACUAUUACUGUAAAACCAUCAGCUGGCUUUUUUUGCUAUUUUAAAUAUAUCCCUAAUCUAAAAAUAUUGGGACUGUUACCAAAGAGGACCAGAACACACAGRAGAAGCCCAGUUAUGUUUUUGUUAAAACUUUUAAAUAUGUGGUUUUGUUUUUUAAAUAUAUUUAUUAUUCUUGAAAAUGGAGUGUUAGUUGCUUGAUUUGUGUUAGUCUGAUGAAAAUUUCAUGACUAAAUAUUUUGAUUUUUUUUAAUUUAUUAUGAAGAUAAGUGUUUCCACCUUUAUGAUGGAAAGAUAGUUACUGUUCAGCUCCACACGGACAGCGUUGGUGCUGAAGAAGCAUCAUUAAUCAUACAUUUUAGUCAGGCAAAGUGCCAUUGAAGACAAUGGCACUUGGACACCUAUCUUGAAAGAAUGAAAAAAAAGAGAAUUCUUAAGAAACUGUAAGAAUUUUUAAUAUCCUGGAGGAAAAAAGUAAAACCUUUCUACCCAURGCACUUUUUUAUUAAAUCAUUAGGGGCAAAGGCUGCUUUUAUUAGUGUACCUUAAACAUGAGGGUGGUUUAAAAAUAUUCA